AUGUUAACGCUCACUUCUACUUUUACUGCAACGGAAAAAAAGACAUCUGGAGUCCUCAGAGUUCGAAUACGUCAUAGUCCCAACAUUGGCGAUGAUGUCUCCCUAGCAAACGGUUAUACAUUGAGAAGUAAUGAAUAUGAGAUC